CCAAUUGAUUCUCAUUUCCCUCACACAGACACAGGUCUCCUUCGUUUCCUGCAUAGUAGAAACAUAAAAAACACUGUGCUCCAACCUGAGAAUUUAAGCUUCCAAUCAUGUCAACACCGGCGACGACGGGGACUGCGGCGGCGAAGAGAAAGCCAGUGUUUAUCAAGGUGGACCAGUUAAAGCCGGGUACCGGUGGCCACACGCUGACCGUGAAGGUCGUCAGCUCUAAGGAGGUGAAGUCGAUCAUUAAUCGCGGUGGUCGAUCGUCAAUGCUUCUGGCUCGUCCUUCCCGUCCAACCCGCAUCGCCGAGUGUCUCGUGGGUGAUGAAACCGGGACCAUUAUUUUCACGGCUCGUAAUGAACAGGUGGACCUAAUGAACCCAGGUGCAACUUUAAUUCUACGUAAUGCAAAGAUUGACAUGUUUAAGGGAUCUAUGAGGCUAGCAGUGGAUAAAUGGGGGCGAAUUGAGCCUACAGAACCUGCCAAUUUUGACGUUAAAGAGGAUAACAAUCUUUCUUUAGUUGAAUAUGAAUUGGUUAAUGUUGUUGAAGAGUGAGUCUGUCUUCUGGUACUGAAUGUUUUGAAGUUACCGGAGGUUUUAGCAUUUUCUACUUGCGCAUUGAGACUGGCUGCAGAUAUUGCAGUUUUCAUUUGGUACAGUCUUGUCUGAUUCUUAGUUUUUGCAAUUGCUGUGGCCUAUGCAAGUCAUAAUAUUUAAGAUUGCAAAUAGAUUAGCUUCAGAAGGUGAUGGUCCUUGUGAUUAACUUGCAGAAGUACAUAUUUAUCUCUUAAUACAUCAUUUGGGGGAAUUGUAAUUCCUAGUUGUGCCUCAAA